UGUGGCACUUUGUGGGACAUUCUGAUCUUCAAUUGACAACAUCAAUGGAGGUCAAAUUGUGAAAAGAAAAUAUUAGCAAAAUAGCUGAAAUUUAAAUUAAAUUGUUCGUCUUUGUGCGUAUAUUGUGUUCAAAACUAUAUCUCCUCUAUGAGUGGAAGAUAUUCUGAAAAAUAUGACCGUCGAGGCACCUACGGAAGUGGAAGCAAGGCUCGCUCACGCUCACCACCUUCCCCGGAAAGGAAUCACUACCGAAGAUACUCUUCCGAUGAGGAUGACGAUGAAAGAUAUUCCGGCAGCAGACACAGAAGUGAGAUGAAGCGUCCGGAAGAGAGGGAAAGACACAGAAAACAAAGAAGCCCAGAUGCCGAAAGAGAGGUGAAAACUGUGCUUCCACCACCUCCACCGCGAAUAUCCAAAGUAACGAUGUCUUUUGGAAAGCCCGCAGCACCUCCCAAGGCAAUACAGAUGAAGCUAAAUCCUGUGGGACGUUCCGAUUCGGGGAAGAUCACCGUUGCGAGCGCCUUCAAUGCAGACAGUGAUGAUGAAGUUGAAGAAAUGCCUGCCGAAUGUAGGAUGAGGAUGCGCAAUAUUGGUCGUGAUACACCCACAAGCUCCGGACCAAAUUCAUUCGGUAAGACCAAGCAGGGUUUCUGUGACUCCAAGAAAAUCUUCGAGAAGACCAUUCGGCGCACCACAAAUGAAUGAAUUUUAACGCGCUAAGCUGGCAGCCUAUUCUGCAUCCUCUUUUACUCAAUUUCUCGUUCCCUUCUACCAAUUUAUUAAGAAUUGUGUCUGUAAUAAAAAAAAGAAUGAAUGAAUAUACAUC